AGAGAGAACUCUGUUACUCGCUCCGUCUCCAACUUUCAGAGGAAGUUACCACCUCUUCCCCAGACCCUGUACACAUACUCAGGCAAACACACGCUCCCUUCAGGACUUGACCACAGCAGCAACAGAGCAACAGUCAAGGCUGCUUUUAAUGCCGUGCUCUUUUUUUCUUUUCUCUAAUUCAAAAUUUGGAGGGAAGGAAGAUUAAGAUUUGCAGUUUGCUUUCUGCGAGGACUGAACAGCUUCUCUCAAGAGUGACGGUUUAGAGAGAUGCUUGGUCUUGGGAAAACCUUCCUGUGCUACAAAGUCUGAUAUCUGGUCUUCAUCACAGCGAGUCUGGGUGGCCAAAUCAACUAUUUAGCCUGAAGACCAAAGAUCACAAGCCGUGAUCCAACAGCAGAGAGAAAAGAGGAGCGUGAUAAUUUUGCAUCUGUUCUCCAACUUCUCAGAACAAUAUGAACUGGAACUGAAGCUCCACAGUUUCAUUUUUGUGGUGUAAAAGAAGAAAACCGAGUCACCAUGGAUGUGAAGAAAAAGGAAAUGGACCUCCUAAGUAACAGCAUUGCUGCCUAUGCACACAUCAAAGCAAAUCCAGAGAGUUUUGGCCUUUACUUUGUGCUUGGAGUGUGUUUUGGCUUGAUACUCACACUCUGCCUACUGGUGAUUCGGAUCUCCUGCAAGCCACGCACUACCAUUACCCCCUCCACUCCUGAGAAAAAAAACUUAAAGGACAUCAACGAGGAGGAUGAGGACAGUGAUGACGAUGAUGAAGAUGAAGAAGUGGACGAUGUAGAGGCGACUGUUCCGUUGCCCACCACAGAAAUCUCUGUUGGCAAUCACACCAGCCAGUCGGAUGGGACACUGAGCGUGAAUGUGUUUACUUCAGCCGAAGAGCUGGAGCGUGCACAGCGACUGGAGGAGAGGGAACGCAUCAUCCGAGAGAUCUGGAGGAACGGCCAGCCAGAUAUCCUGGGGACAGGAACGGGAACUAUUGGAAGAGUGCAUUACUACUAAGAAACAUGAGGCUAAGGAAAGUGAGCCCUGAGGAAAUGAGACAUAGACUUUUGGGUGGGCCUGGUGUCCCUCAAGCCCGAAAGCCUGCGUUAGAUACAAAGUGACUGGAUAUUAGUCAUAUUUGACAUACUUAGCUCUGACAGAGCAGACUGAGAUAUUGCACUUCUUAUGUAGCAUUGAUAAAUCUGACUGAUUAACCAAACCAAUGGAGGUCUCAAGGACUGAAUAAUUCAUAUGGAAGAGAUGCGGAGUGAAUGUGGGGAAUGAUGGGACACUUGAAGUAAUCAGUCUAUUAAACUUGGUGCUUAAUUACAGAAAUGAAAAGUAGAUUUGUGUAUGUAAUAAAUGAAAAAUGAAAGUGUCAAUAAGUAAAAAAGAACUGUUUGUUUAAACAAAGACUAUUUCCACUAACAAUUCUCACAUUAUAGGAUAAUGAAUUUGCAGGAUAAAUCAAAGCACUUCAUGAGCAUAUAUACGUGUAUUCAACAACAUCAGAUACUGAAGUCCAAAGGUAUAUACUGAUCAGCUUCAAAAUGAAACUCUAUCUAAUUGUUGAUGUUCUUCCUGCACUGCUAAAACAGCUCUGAAAUGUGGAAGAAUAAAUACCACGUUUGUAAGGCUUGCUGGGAUGGGAGGAACAGGUACUGAAUUUUAAAAUAAAAUCCAGACCUCAAAGUUUUUCAGGAAGAACAUUAGUAUUGCAACAUGAUAUCCAGUGCUAUUGAUAUAUUAAUGCUGUGGCUGAUCGGUGUGUACAAAUCUAAUAUCAUAUAAAUAAAAUAAGCAAACAUGUCAAAAUGUCAGACAAACACAACAAG